UCUCGAUAGUCGAGGGCACUUUACGAUUGUUUUGUAAGCAUUUACAUUUUCCUGACUGCACGCGGUAUGCGCAUGCAAGCCAUAUCCGACGUUCAGUCGAGGUCUCGCUGGUGAAGCGACGAGAUUGUCGAGGGAGAUCGGCAAAGACCUGCUGGCACCGAUAGUCAGUCAAUCGCGUGAUUCUUUUAGUGUCUUUUCCGUGCUCAAAUUGUUCGUAAACCAUAAGAGCCAUGAGUACUUCAUUGAAGACGUCAACGGAGGAGAGUCUGCAGUAUAUUAGGCAAUCCCUCAAAUCGGAAGAAAUGGAUAAUCUGGAAGGGACUCACUUUGACAGGUUCAAUCCGCACGUGUUUGUUAUUUUUGGAGCAUCUGGUGAUCUCGCUAAGAAGAAAAUUUAUCCAACUCUCUGGUGGCUCUUUCGAGACAAUCUCCUGCCGAUAUCUACUACUUUCGUUGGUUAUGCUAGAAGCAGAUUGACGUUACAACAAUUACGUGAAAAAUGCCAUCAAUAUAUGAAUGUGAAAUCAGACGAAGAGGAGAAAUAUGAAAAAUUUUGGAAACUGAAUUAUUAUGUUACUGGUACUUACGAUCAAAGAAAAGAUUUCGAGUUACUAAAUAUUGAAUUAGAAAAAUUUGAACGAGAGAACAUUGCGCACAGGCUAUUUUAUUUGGCAGUUCCACCAACCAUAUUUGUAAAUAUUAUGGUACAUCUUCGACAUACCUGCAUGGGACAGAAAGGUUGGACGAGAGUUAUAAUCGAGAAACCGUUCGGCCACGAUGCCGCUUCAUCGCAGAAGCUCUCCGAUCAUUUGGCGAUGCUGUUCAGCGAAAAUCAGAUCUAUCGUAUCGAUCAUUAUCUCGGCAAGGAGAUGGUUCAGAAUCUGAUGAUCUUUAGAUUUGGAAACAGGAUAUUCAGCCCGACGUGGAAUCGAGACAAUAUAGCCUCGGUGCAAAUUACCUUUAAAGAACCGUUCGGCACUCAGGGUAGAGGUGGCUACUUCGACGAAUUCGGCAUCAUCAGAGAUGUGAUGCAGAAUCAUCUGCUGCAAAUUUUAUCUUUGGUAGCCAUGGAGAAACCCGCGUCUUGUCAUCCGGAUGAUAUUAGAAAUGAGAAAGUGAAGGUUCUCAGAUGUAUUAAAGCUCUGAAACUCGAUCAGGUUGUUCUCGGUCAAUAUGUCGGAGAUCCGAACGCUGAAGAUCCGGAAGCGCGUUUAGGCUACUUGGAUGAUCCUACGGUACCAGCCGGAUCUAACACGCCGACAUUCGCAUUCGCGGUACUGAAAAUAAACAAUGAGAGAUGGGAUGGAGUACCGUUCAUUCUGAAAUGCGGAAAAGCUUUGAAUGAAAGGAAGGCAGAAGUUAGGGUACAAUACCAAGAUGUACCAGGUGAUAUCUUUGAUGGGAAGGCAAAGAGAAAUGAAUUGGUGAUAAGAGUGCAACCAGGCGAAGCAUUGUACAUUAAAAUGAUGACAAAAUCACCUGGUAUCACGUUUGAUCUGGAAGAAACGGAAUUGGACUUUACUUAUAGCAAUAGAUACAAAGGACUCAAAUUAUCGGAUGCUUAUGAAAGAUUAAUUUUGGAUGUCUUUUGCGGUUCGCAAAUGCACUUCGUACGAAAUGACGAGUUGCAUGAAGCGUGGAGGAUAUUCACACCGCUGCUUCAUCAAAUUGAAAAAGAAAAAAUUCCACCGAUUCCAUAUAAGUAUGGAUCUCGAGGACCGAAAGAAGCUGAUGAAAUGGCAAAGAAAAAUAAUUUUGCAUACUACGGUUCGUACAAAUGGGUAAAACCAUAACAUCAACAUCGGCUAUUGUAAUAAGAGAUUUAUAUCACGCAAGAUACAAGUCUAAGAUAUCGACGAUUUAUUUAAAAUAAUGCAGUUGCUAAUUACAUUCCAAAAAGUUUGAUAAAAUUAUUGUAUAUCGAUUAUUUUUUUACA